UCCAAAGCCUAACCCUAACCCGGACCACCGCCCCACCCUGAGCCUGGACUCCAGACCCUACCCAGCCCCGCAAGCACCCUGCACCUCACCAGGGCCCGACCCCACCUGGACAGAGACCGGGCCAGUAGCCUGGAGCCGUCCCCCCACGCAGAUGGCCCUGGCCCUCCUUUCCCACACGGGUCCCUCGAGGCCAGCUCCAGGCCUGCCCAGCUCCUCCAGGCCCCUCGGCCCUUCUGGGUGUGCUGGGCGGACGCAGUGCUGGGGCUGCCCGAGGCUCACCCAGCCCAGGUGCUCGGGUCUGGGGCAGACGUGUGUGCCUGCACAUGUGUGCUCACAUGUGUGUGAGUGGUGGCUGGCAUGCCAGCUGGGCACAGCGCCGCAGGCUAAUUGUGGGGUUCGGCUGUGAUGGAGGAGGGGGCUCGGGGUGACCGCUGAGGCGCUGACAGACUGACUGGGAGAUUACAGGUCUGGCCGGCUCCUUGCUCGCUCGGGCCCUCACCCGUCCGCCCCCAUGUCCCACUCCUGCCUCUUGCGCACGGCCUGGGAAAGGAAGGGGGCUCCGGGCGGGCAGCAUCCAGCCAGCUGUGGGAGGUGAGCCUGGAAAGGGGAGGUGAGUGCGGGCAGCUCAGCGGUGGGUGCUGGCAGGUGGGGGCAGACCUCAGAACCAGUGGCUCCUGCCUGCGUGGAGCCCGAUGUCCCCAGUCUCCCGGCUGGGACUGCGGAACGGGGGCGCAGCUCCUCAUCCAGGAGCCCCUCCGAUGCUUGGACGGCUGGGCGCUCCCGUUGGCCUCAUCUGUGCUCCCGAUGCCCUGCAGUGCCCACCCUCUCUCAGCCGGCCCCAGCCCACAUCUGGCUUCUCCCAGUAUCUCACCCCGUCUUCCUGUCCCUCUCAGCCUGACCCUGACAGGCUGUCCACUGGAGAGGUGGUCUCUGGAGGAUGUCCACACUUGCCUGAGUGCCAGCCCCGUUCAUCUGUUCACCGGGUGUUGACUGUGGCCGCUGUGUGCCAGGGCCGACAAGUUGCUGGGAGCUCCACGGGGGCUCCCGGACCCUGGAGGGUAGAGACCUGUCCCUCUGUCCCCAGCACACAGCACUGUCGUGUGGCACACAGGAAGCGCUUGGGGGCUUCGGGCUGAGCAGAUGGGGCAGGUCAGCGGGCCCAUUUGGGGGGUCCCCACGAGCAUGGGGAAGUCGAUGGAGGCGUUAAGCUGCAGGGUGUUCUGACGGGAAGGACUGCUCUGCAGAGGAGGGACAUGGACGAGCCUGGGGGGGAAUCAGAAAUGGGGCCCAAACCGAGUCUAGGUGGGACACAAUGGUGGCUGGGACUCAGGGGGGCGGCCAGGAGGAGAGGUGGGUCUUGCAUCAUGGUGGGGCGUCUGGGCACCAGAACCUACUGAAUCCCACCUUGUGUCCUGAGGGUCUGGGAGGCCCAGGAGGCUGCUGGCAGCGCCCAAGCAGGUAUUCUUGAAGGACAGUAAUCGAUUGAAACCAAGUCGUCCUAAGCCGUCUCUCCACGAGGUUAGGCACCGCAUGGUGAGGCAGUGACUGGGACCGACUGCCGACAGCAUGGAGAUCCCAGUCUGGGUCAGUGCCCACACUGCAGGGUCUGCAGUCACGGGGGCGUGGGCGGCUGCGGCUGCAGCACACACCCUAGGGCUUUGCCGGGUGAGCCCCUGAGACGCCUGAGGGUGAGGGCUGGAUGCAGAGACACUGGUCACGGUGACCUCGGGUAUCAGACGGAGGGGCUGAGAGGCGGCCUGGGAGCACAGGGCAGGAAGGAGUGGGAGGCUAUGGACUUGGCUGGGGGGAGGCCCAUGGGGUCGGGGGAGCAGGCCCGGAGACCCCAAAGGCAGGUGGCAGAGAAAGCCCUGGGGUUGGUUUCUCUGCGCCCACUCCCCCUUGGCCCGGGGUCUUGGGCCACCAGGCAGGGGUGAUUUUCAUGCUGGGGCCCAGAGCCCAGGCUGCAGGGGGAGGCUGAUCAGCCUCCGCAGCCCCGGCGGGGAUGGGCUCUGGCCCACGGCCUCUGCCAGUUGACGGAGGAACCGGGCUGUGGGCCGGGCUGGUGGGGAGGUGACACCCUAUACACCUGGGAGGGGUCCUGUGGGAGGCUCUCCCAGCGCUGACGCAAGGCUCAGGCUAGACGUCAGGCUGUCCCUAGAGCCCGGCCCCACCCGCGCCUGCUCCUAGGUGGCUGUGCGGGGAGCUCGGCCUUUGCCCGAGGAUCUCCAUGCUGGCCUGGAGCAGAGACUGAGCUGGACUUCUGGAGCCUGGGGUGCCAGGGGCAAUGGCGCUGCAGCUCUGGACCCUGACCCUCCUGGGCCUGGCGGGCACAAGUGCAAGCCUGCGGUCCCGCAAGCUGGACUUCUUCCGCAGCGAAACAGAGCUGAACCACCUGGUGGUGGACGAGGUGUCGGGCGUGGUGUACGUGGGGGCGGUGAACGCGCUCUACCAGCUGAGUGCCGACCUGCAGCUGGAGCAGCGGGCGGCCACGGGCCCGGCCCUGGACAAUAAGAAGUGCACGCCGCCCAUCGAGGCGAGCCAGUGCCACGAGGCCGUGCAGACUGACAACGUCAACCAGCUCCUGCUGCUCGACCCCUCCCGGAACCGCCUCAUCGAGUGCGGCAGCCUCUUCAAGGGCAUUUGCGCCCUGCGUUCCCUGAGCAACAUCUCCUCGCUCCUCUUCUACGAGGAUGGCAGUGGCGAGAAGUCCUUCGUGGCCAGCAACGACGAGAGCGUGGCCACCGUGGGGCUGGUGAGCACAACGGGCCCAAGCGGCGAGCACGUGCUCUUUGUGGGCAAGGGCAACGGGCCCCACGACAACGGCAUCAUUGUGAGCACGCGCCUGCUGGACCGGACGGAGGGCAGGGAGGCCUUUGAGGCCUACACGGACCACGCCACCUACAAGGCCGGCUACCUGUCCACAAACACACAGCAGUUCGUGGCUGCCUUCGAGGACGGCCACUACGUCUUCUUCGUCUUCAACCAGCAGGACAAGCACCCGGCCCGGAACCGCACGCUGCUGGCGCGUAUGUGCAAGUACGACCCGUUCUACUACUCCUACCUGGAAGUGGACCUGCGCUGCCUGGGCCCCGACGACACCCGGGUCCCCGCCUUCGGCACCUGCCUGGCGGCCUCCGUGGCCCGGCCAGGCGCCACUGGGGUGCUCUACACUGUCUUCAGCACAGAUGGCCGGGGUGGCGGGGGGCCACGGGCGGGCCUCUGCCUGUUCCCACUGGACGAGGUCCACAGCAAGAUGGAGACCAGCCGCGACGCCUGCUACACGGGCACCCGGGAGGCAGGCCGGGACACCUUCUACAAGCCCUUCCACGGCGAGAUCCAGUGUGGUGGCCACGGAUCGGGUGCCAGUGAGAGUUUCCCGUGUGGCUCAGAGCACCUGCCCUACCCGCUGGGCAGCCGAGACGGACUCUCAGCCGUAGCCGUGCUGCACCGUGGAGGCCUGAACCUGACAGCUGUGACAGUGACGACCGAGAAUGGCCACACCAUCGCCUUCCUGGGCACCUCGGACGGCCGGGUCCUCAAGGUGUACCUCGCUCCAGAUGGCAGCUCCGCGGAGUAUGGCUCUGUCCUUGUGGAGAUCAACAAGAGAAUCAAGAAGGACCUGGUGCUGGCCGCAGACCUGGCCAGUCUGUACGCCAUGACCCAGGACAAGGUGUUCCGGCUCCCCGUGCAGGAGUGUGAGAGCUUUUCCACCUGCGCCCAGUGCCGCAGCUCACAGGACCCCUACUGCGGCUGGUGUGUCGUCGAGGGACGAUGCACCAGGAGGGCUGAGUGCCCGCGGGCCGAAGAGAGUGGCCACUGGCUGUGGAGCCGCAGUGAGGCCUGCGUGGCCGUCACCGAGACCCAGCCGCAGAACAUGAGCCGCCGGGCGCAGGGAGAGGUGCACCUGACCGUCAGUCCCCUCCCGGCCCUGAGCGAGGAGGACAAGCUGCUGUGCCUCUUCGGUGAAUCACCGCCACACGUGGCGAGCAUGCAGGGGGGCGCCGUGGUCUGCAACUCCCCGAGCAGCAUCCCCAGCACGCCGCCUGGCCAGGAUCACGUGGCUGUGACCAUCCAGCUUCUCUUCAAACGCGGCAACGUCUUCCUGACCUCCCACCUGUACCCCUUCUACGACUGCCGAGUGGCCAUGAGCCUGGAGGAGAACCUGCCGUGCAUCUCCUGUGCCAGCAACCGCUGGACCUGCCAGUGGGACCUGCGCUACCACGAGUGUCGGGAGGCCUCGCCCAACCCUGAGGACGGCAUCGUCCGUGCCCACAUGGAGGACGACUGCCCCCAGUUUUUGAACCCCAGCCCGCUGGUCAUUCCCAUGAACCACGAGACGGCGGUGACCUUCCAGGGCAAGAACCUGGACACGGUGAAGAGCUCCUCCCUGCGCGUGGGCAGUGACCUGCUCAAGUUUGAGGAGCCAGUCAGCACACAGGAGCAAGGAACCUUCUCCUUUCGGACCCCAAAGCUCUCCCACGAUGCCAACGAGACGCUGCCCCUGCAUCUGUAUGUCAAGUCCUACGGCAAGAAUAUUGACAGCCGGCUCCAAGUGACCCUCUACAACUGCUCCUUCGGCCGCAGCGACUGCAGCCUGUGCCUGGCCGCUGACCCUGUCUACAGGUGCGUGUGGUGCAGCGGGCAGAACAGGUGUGUGUACGCGGCCCUGUGUGGUAACGCCACCUCCGAGUGCCCACCGCCCGUCAUCACCAGGAUCCAGCCUGAGACCGGUCCGCUCGGCGGAGGCAUUCGCGUCACCAUCCUUGGGUCAAAUCUGGGGGUCAGAGCAGACGACGUGAAGAGGGUCACCGUGGCUGGCCGGAACUGUGCCUUUGAGCCAGAACGCUACUCCGUGUCCACCCGGAUCGUGUGCACCAUCGAGGCUGCAGAGGCGCCCUUCACGGGGGGCGUCGAGGUGGACAUCAGCGGGAAGCUCGGCCGUUCGCCUCCCCAUGUCCAAUUCACCUAUCAGCAGCCCCAGCCCCUCAGUGUGGAGCCAAAGCAGGGGCCACAGGCGGGCGGCACCAUGUUGACCAUCAAUGGUACCCACCUGGACACAGGCUCUGAGGAAGACAUGCGGGUGACCCUCAAUGACAUCCCUUGUAAAGUGACGCAGUUUGGGGCACAGCUUCAGUGUGUCACCGGCCCCCAGGCAGCUCCGGGAGAGCUGCCCCUGAAGAUUUACUAUGGGGGCUCCGAAGUGCCCAGCCCUGGCGUCACCUUCACCUACCGUGAGAACCCAGUCCUGCGGGCCUUCGAGCCGCUGCGAAGCUUUGUCAGUGGUGGCCGGAGCAUCAACGUCACAGGACAGGGCUUCAGCCUGAUCCAGAAAUUCGCCAUGGUGGUCAUAGCCGAGCCCCUGCAGUCCUGGAGGCGGCGGCGGGAGGCCGGAGCCCUGCAGCCCGUGACGGUCGUGGGCAGGGAGUACGUGUUCUGCAGUGACUCCAAGGUCGUGUUCUUGUCCCCGGCCGUCCCCGAGGAGCCCGAGGCCUACAACCUCACGGCGCUCAUUCAGAUGGAUGGGCACCAAGCCCUGCUCAGGACUGAGGCUGGUGCCUUUGAGUACGUCGCCGACCCCACCUUCGAGAACUUCACAGGGGGCGUCAAGAAGCAGGUCAACAAGCUCAUUCACGCGCGGGGCACCAAUCUGAACAAGGCGAUGACGAUUCACGAGGCCGAGGCCUUCGUGGGUGCCGAGCGGUGCGUCAUGAAGACCCUGACGGAGACCGAUCUGUACUGUGAGCCCCCAGAGGUGCAGCCCCCUCCCAAGCGGCGGCAGAAGCGGGACACGACCCACAACCUGCCUGAGUUCAUUGUGAAGUUUGGCUCCCGGGAGUGGGUGCUGGGCCGCGUGGAGUAUGACACGCGUGUGAGUGACGUGCCGCUCAGCCUCAUCCUGCCGCUGGUCAUCGUGCCCAUGGUGGCCGUCAUCGCCGUGUCUGUCUACUGCUACUGGAGGAAGAGCCAACAGGCAGAGCGCGAGUACGAGAAGAUCAAGUCCCAGCUGGAGGGCUUGGAGGAGAGCGUGCGUGACCGCUGCAAGAAGGAGUUCACAGACCUGAUGAUUGAGAUGGAGGACCAGACCAACGACGUGCACGAGGCAGGCAUCCCCGUGCUGGACUACAAAACCUACACCGACCGCGUCUUCUUCCUGCCCUCCAAGGACGGCGACAAGGACGUGAUGAUCACGGGCAAGCUGGACAUCCCUGAGUCACGGCGGCCCUUGGUGGAGCAGGCACUCUACCAGUUCUCCAACCUGCUCAACAGCAAGUGCUUCCUCAUCAACUUCAUCCACACCUUGGAGAACCAGCGGGAGUUCUCGGCCCGCGCCAAGGUCUACUUUGCGUCGCUGCUGACGGUGGCGCUGCACGGGAAGCUGGAGUACUACACGGACAUCAUGCGCACGCUCUUCCUGGAGCUCAUGGAGCAGUAUGUGGUGGCCAAGAACCCCAAGCUGAUGCUGCGCAGGUCUGAGACAGUGGUGGAGAGGAUGCUGUCUAAUUGGAUGUCCAUCUGCCUGUACCAGUAUCUCAAGGACAGCGCAGGGGAGCCGCUGUACAAGCUCUUCAAGGCCAUCAAGCAUCAGGUGGAGAAGGGGCCGGUGGAUGCUGUGCAGAAGAAAGCCAAAUACACCCUCAACGACACAGGGCUGCUGGGGGAUGACGUGGAGUAUGCACCCCUGAUGGUGAGCGUGAUCGUCCAGGACGAAGGGGUCGACGCCAUCCCUGUCAAGGUCCUCAACUGUGACACCAUCUCCCAGGUCAAGGAGAAGAUCAUUGACCAGGUGUACCGCACGCAGCCUUGCUCCCGCUGGCCCAAGGCUGACAGUGUGGUCCUCGAGUGGCGUCCUGGGUCCACAGCCCAGAUCCUGUCAGACCUGGACCUGACCUCUCAGCGGGAGGGCCGGUGGAAGCGCGUCAACACGCUGAUGCACUACAACGUCCGGGAUGGGGCCACUCUUAUCCUGUCGAAGGUGGGGGUCUCCCAGCAGCCUGAGGACAGCCAGCAGGACCUGCCUGGGGAGCGCCACGCCCUCCUGGAGGAGGAGAACCGGGUGUGGCACCUGGUGCGGCCAACGGACGAGGUGGACGAAGGCAAGUCCAAGCGUGGCAGCAUGAAGGAAAAGGAGCGCACCAAGGCCAUCACCGAGAUCUACCUGACCCGCCUGCUCUCGGUCAAGGGCACACUGCAGCAGUUCGUGGACAACUUCUUCCAGAGCGUGCUGGCGCCUGGCCACGCGGUGCCGCCUGCAGUCAAGUACUUCUUCGACUUCCUGGACGAGCAGGCAGAAAAGCACGACAUCAAGGACGAGGACACCAUCCACAUCUGGAAGACCAACAGUUUACCUCUCCGGUUCUGGGUGAACAUCCUCAAGAACCCCCAUUUCAUCUUUGACGUGCACGUCCACGAGGUGGUGGACGCCUCCCUGUCGGUCAUCGCACAGACCUUCAUGGACGCCUGCACACGCACAGAGCACAAGCUGAGCCGCGACUCUCCCAGCAACAAGCUACUCUACGCCAAGGAGAUCUCCACCUAUAAGAAGAUGGUGGAGGACUACUACAAGGGGAUCAGACAGAUGGUGCAGGUCAGCGACCAGGACAUGAACACACACCUGGCAGAGAUUUCCCGGGCGCACACGGACUCCCUGAACACCCUCGUGGCCCUGCACCAGCUCUACCAGUACACGCAGAAGUACUACGACGAGAUCAUCAACGCCCUGGAGGAGGAUCCCGCCGCCCAGAAGAUGCAGCUGGCCUUCCGCCUGCAGCAGAUCGCGGCUGCGCUUGAGAACAAGGUCACGGACCUCUGACUGCGACCUCCACCGUCAUGGUCUCGGGACACAGGUGUGUGACACCCACUGCCGGGCGCUGGGCGGCCCCGGGGGAGCACGGCCAAGCGGGCAGGACUCAGCCCUUCUCUCUCUGGCAGAGGAAGAGCCCCCGGGCUUCCGAGUGUGUGCGUGGCAGGGGGGCCCCCACCUCAGCAUUUGUAGCCUCAUAGCACCCUUCUCCUGAGCAAUAGUGCCGGGCGCCCACCAGCACCAGUUCCCUCCUGCAGAACCAGCAUCGGGGGUGUCUCCUUCAAGCCUCCUGAGUGAUUCGAAAACGUGCCUUAUGUCCCUGGCGCCACGCUGGGUUGCUGGGGGCAGUCGGGCCUCAGCCCCCCUCCCCAGGCACCAGCAGCCGCCUCAGAUACCUGGGUUGGGCCUUUUGGGGUGAGGUCUGAGUGCCCUCGGCCCCCAGGACCUAGUGCCCAGACUCUGUCCGUCUGCCCUACCUGGACUGGGGCAGAAAAGUGGUACGAUGCCUUCCUGACCUCGCUGGCCUGCCCUGCGGGGCACUGGCACUCCCGGGGGACUCCGUGCUGCAGGCCCCACCUCAAAGGUCAAGCUGGACGUCAGACGUCGAGGCCCAGGCGGCCAGAAGGGACCCAGCAGACUGGGGAUCAGGGUCCCGGCCUGUCAGACAGGCUGACCUAGAGGCCCUGCCCAGGUCCGGGGGGCCGGGAGCAGCUCCGCCAGGACACCCGCAACCCUUUUUGUAAAUCCUGUUAAUUGUCAAUCAAGCACAGCUGUCUUUUUCACUCUG